AUGAUUCAGGAUGAAGUGAGUUAUUCUUUGCCCCUUAUGGUGGCAUGUAAUUGUAAGGAUGAAGUACAACUAGUUGUCGGUACAAAUUCAUUAGGAACAUGUAAAAAUAGAAUUAGAUCGAUCUUAAGAAGUGGAGCUCAUGCGGUGGUAGUUUCACCGACUCAAGAAGGUGAUGUCAAACAGCUAUUAUCCACAUUUGGUCAAUAUUCGAGAUUUCAGCUAAUAGAUAGACCAUGGCAGUUGUCGGAUUUAACCAGUUUGGGGAGACCCCUGGUGGCCAGAGUAGUAGACAGAGUAUUUGUCCAACUACCUUUGGAUCAAUGCCUAGUAGGAAAGGAGAUUUAUGAGCAGUGUAUCAAACUUAGAAUACCCAUUAACGUUUUCCAAAGGCCCGAAUGGUCAACGUUCCAUGUGGGAUCUACUUAUGUGGAUCCACAAUCUAGUGGGCUGCAGAUUUCAGUCAGUACAAACGGACAGGGUUGCAUCUUGGCUAAUAGGAUCAAAAGAGAAAUAAUUGCAUCUUUGCCUAGUAACAUUUCUCAAAUAGUGUCUAAUGUGGGACGAUUGAGAGAUCAAAUAAUUAAUGAGGAUCAACAAAAAUUGAUUAAAGAUCAUUACAACUCUACGAAGGAUCUGGCACUGGCGGAAAAUGUGUGGUAUGGGCUAAACAGUGAAUACGAAUCUCAAAACUUGAACCAUUUGGUUAAAGAGUUUGAUAUGACAGAGAGGGAUCAAAAACUAAAGAGAACAAGAUGGUUAUCGCAGCUAAUAGAAUACUACCCCAUGUCUAAAUUGGCAGAUGUAUCGUUGAAUGAUUUAGAUGGGCCUUCUGAAGAACAGCAAGGGCAGAAGCAGCAAUCUGGGACCCAAGGUAAACCCAGUAACUCGGAAUCUAUUGAAAACGAUGAUAGUACCCAAAAUUCUGUUGCCCUAGAAGAAAGAAAAUCGCGGUCCUCUUCUCGUGGUAGAAUUUCGCUCGUCGGUAGUGGUCCAGGGUCAGUCUCCAUGUUGACUUUAGGUGCACUGCAAGAGAUUAAAACCGCUGAUAUAAUACUGGCAGAUAAAUUGGUACCCCAGUCAGUAUUAGAUUUGAUACCAGAGGACACAGAAACGUUUAUCGCUAGAAAGUUCCCAGGAAACGCAGAGCGUGCUCAACAGGAACUUCUAGAGAAAGGUUUAACUUCGUUAAGGGAAGGUCGUAAGGUGGUGAGACUCAAACAGGGUGAUCCUUACAUAUUUGGUCGUGGUGGUGAGGAGUACAUCUUCUUCACAGAACAAGGUUAUGAACCAUCGGUUUUCCCAGGCCUAAGCUCGGCAUUGGCUUCCACUGUAGUAGCAAGAGUACCAGCUACUCAAAGAGACGUGGCAGAUCAAGUUUUGGUAUGCACAGGUACAGGCCGUAAGGGCGCAUUACCAGAGGCUCCAGAAUACGUCAAAUCGAGAACCACAGUUUUCCUAAUGGCUCUACAUAGAGUUGAUGUUUUAGUACAGGAACUUUUGGCUCACAGUUGGGAUACUGAAGUACCAGCAGCUAUUGUGGAAAGAGCUUCUUGUCAUGACCAGAGAGUUACCAGAACUUUGCUGAAAUAUGUGCCAGAGGUCGUUGAAGAGAUUGGUUCGAGACCACCAGGUCUAUUAAUUGUGGGUCAUUCAGUGGCAGCACUAAUACAGUCUUCAUUGAAGACAUUUGACGAUUCUAACAAGUAUUCUAUUGAGGAAGGUUUCCAAGAGACUGACAUUGGUCUAGGGGCUCUCCUCAAGUAA